CCAGCUCGACAUGCAGUAUACUCCGGCGCCCUUGCUUCCGUCGGCCGUCCGAGACGGUCUCGCGCGCAGGCAAAAAAAGCUCCGGCUGCCCAACGGGUCGGUGGUCGUGAUGACGCCCUGCGCCGUCGAAGUCAGCGCACCUCCUCGGGAUUUUCGGUUUUGACGUACCUCCGCGCGCAGGUCGAGAUAGCUGGCGGGAGCGUCGGGGGCAAGGCCCUGAUGCUGCGGGAGCCGGUGCGACGCGACCGCAUCGUCACGAUCCUCCCGUCCGGCAAGGUACGCCCAAGUUCUACUUUACGGCCGCUUUACUCGUUUCCACACGUAGGUCGGAAGAGAAUUAGUGAAGAAACGGGCGCCGCCCGGCGAGGCCAAUUGUGUCGUGGUCCGCCAUACGGCUUCCGACGGGUCCAAGGGUUUGCACUUACGAGCUAUUGCAACGAUGGCGCCCGGCACGCAGCUGACCAUCACGUCUCGCGUCGGUGCCAAAAUUUUCACUUUACGGCGGCUUCACUCAGUCCCACGCAGGUUCGAGGAACCGGCCGAGGCCAAGGCCGACGCCAUGGACGUCGACGACGACAGCGGCGCGGCGCCGAUGCUGGUCGAGCCGCGGCCGGCCGAAGAUCACCUGCAGCCCAUGUCCGACGAGCUCGACGGCGACGGCGCGCC